AUGGAAAGUCCUUCGCCAGACAACUCUGAAACAGACCGGAAGAGUGCAACAGUGUGUCUUUUGUGCAGACAACGAAAGACGAAAUGCGAUCGCAUCCUGCCCAGAUGUGGGUUCUGUGUCAAGGCAAGAGUAGAGUGCCAAUAUGCGACGAGAAAGAAACGAGGUCUCCGGGCUGGCUAUGUGUCUCAACUCGAGACUAGAAUAGACUCACUUGAAGAACAACUCGCUAGCAUCAAACAGCAGCGAGAACAACAACAGCGGCCGCCCUCACUCGAAUUCGCCGUAGCAGCCAUGCCGGUAUCGACGCCAACCCUGACGCCGACACCGAUACAAGUGCCACCACUCGCCACACCGACACCAGAUGCAACGCACAUGACACCCACGUUGGCAUCGCAACAUCCACCAUUUGCAUCCCCGGCCGUUUCGAUCUCUAGCACGAUCCAACAUCAACUGUACAAACACAGUGACUCUGACGCCGCGGUGGCUGACCUUUCCACCUUUCCACACGAGUACAUGCACACUCUUGUGGACCUUUGGUUCAAAGAGAGCCAACCUUGGGUUCCGAUCCUGAGUCGGAACUACAUACAAGCGGCACUCGAAGACCUACCUCACCCACUGACGUACAUCCCCGACGUGGUCUUGAAGGCCGUGAUAGCCCUCCAGGUCAACUACUCCAGUCAAGCCAUCUGUCUGGGUUACCACGGCCGACUCCGACUCUCGCAGUACCUACGCUCACAGGUGAUCAACGAAGCGUUCUCCAAACCGUCACUCACCUCGCUCCAGGCCCUCCUGAUCAUCGCCAUUCUCGACUACGGAAGCGACAACAUUCCCAGCACGUUCUCGCUGCUUUCCGUGUGCAGACGCAUGUGCGAAAACAUCGGCCUGUUCCGCAAACUGCUCAACCAGAUGGCCAUGCAGUCGCCGGCCCAGAUAGGACCGCCCGCGGUGGGGUCGAACACGGGCGACGAGUUGGCCAUCCCCUUGACGUGGGCGUCGCUCGCGCUCGACGCCGUGUCGACGCUGGGGAUCUCGUGGCGCGACGUGUCGGCCGCCUUGGUCGACCACCUGGCCAGCGUGGCGUCCGUGUCCACGCCGGACCUGCGGGACAGUUUCAGGACGCACACUCACCUGUGCGCCAUCGGACUGCAACCCCUGCACGCCUUCAUCCACGAGCACGAGAAGGGCAUGUACGACGGACGCGUGGCCGACGCGUACGCCACGUGCGACGACAUCUACAACAACCUGAUGACCUACGUGCGGAGUCACCAGAACAGCACGCACUACACGCUCCUCGCGGACGGCGUGAUCGACUUUGACCCGAACCUCGUGUUGACCGUGAUACUGGCCCACUCGAGCGUGGUCCUGGCCUACUCUCGUCUCGUCGAGUUCCACGGCGGUGACGAUCCGGGGGCCGCCGCCGACGCGGGGGUGCCACUCCGCCGGUGUCUCCAGGCGUGCGAGGGCAUCGUCGUCGCGCUGAGAAGCAUCUCGGACGCCGACGCCGAGUUGAGUUCACCCCUCCUGGUCGGCGUCUUGUUCUGCGCGGCGAGGUUCAAACUCAUCGCCUACCGGGCCAUGGACACGAGCCGGGAGCCAAUGUUCGACUGGCUCAUGCAUUCGAUCAACAUGUGCGGCAGACGUUGGGCGGUGGCGAGGAGGCACGACAUCGUGCUGCGUGCCGCCAUUGUGGAACUGGAUUGGGCAUCGGCGACGGCGAACACGGGUACCCAGAGCAUCAUACCGGCGCAGGUCCCCUCCAAUUUUUGGGAUAUCAAAAGAACCCACUUGGACAUUUCGGAGGAAUUGAAGGAGUGGGUAGAUGGGUAUAAGCAUGCAUUGUACGUCGGGGCAUUGAAUGGACCUUAUGCUUGAGUCCGUAUCUCUCCGGAGAGCGUUUGGGAGCGUCGGUGUUUGUGUGAGUGUGUGUCACAGCGCGCAUGGGUAUGGGUGUAUUAUGGGUAUGGAGUAAACAAUGGACAAUUCAGGAUAUGCAUUGGGCGUCAGCAAGGGAGGGUAAGGACGGAGAGGGCGAAGUUUGGGGGGAUCAAGGGGCAUGCUCGAAGCCGGCAUUGUACGAGCUGUACGGGAGACUUCUCACAGAGAGAGAAUAGGGGAAAAAAAUUCGGCAGUACUUGUGAGAUGAUUGACGAGCUUGUGCUUCACACAGACACUCAGGAGCUAUUGGGCUCCCAUUCCGAACUUGGCUGACCUUAAUACGAAAGGAG